CAUUUUCUUUUUCCUUUUAUCUAAUUUCUUUCCUUCCUCUUUCUUUUUUUUUGAAGAAAACAUUGAAACUCUUUUUAUAGAAGAUGUGUGGGGGUGCAAUCAUUUCCGAUUUCAUCGCCGUGAAGCGUGGCUGGAAGUUAACCGCCCGGGAUCUUUGGUCUGAACUCGACACAUUCUCCGACCUGUUGGGUCUAAAUUGCAGCAAUGGAAAAGACUCCUUCAAUCAACUCGAUAACAACAAGGUCGGUUCCAAAGGCAAACAACUCGACAAAGUGACGAACGAGGUGACUCAGAAGACAAAGCGAGGCAAAGAGAAAGAGGGGAAGACUGAGCGAACUCGGAAGAACAUCUACAGAGGAAUCAGACAAAGACCAUGGGGGAAAUGGGCAGCUGAGAUAAGAGAUCCUCGAAAAGGCGUCCGAGUCUGGCUCGGUACCUAUAACACAGCCGAAGAAGCUGCUCGAGCCUACGAUGAAGCCGCUAAGCGCAUUCGAGGGGACAAAGCCAAGCUCAACUUCCCUCAUCAAAAUCAGCCUCCAGCUAAGAAACGCUGUAUCAUGGCUCCUGAGUUAACUCAACCCAGUUCAGAACCCUUUAUGGGUUUUGACUAUGGGAAUGAAGUUUAUGGAGCGAGUGAAAUGAUGGAGAGCGAUUUGGAGCUGAAAGAGCAAAUCUCGAACCUGGAAUCGUUCCUGGGUUUGGAGCCUGAUGAGACAUCGAUUGAGUUGAGUGGGAACGUUGAGCCUGAGUCGGUUAACCUUUGGAUGCUUGAUGACCUCGUGACACAUCAUCAGGAACAGCCUCAGCUCUUUUAUUAGAGG